ACAUUGUUGACUACGUUCUCUGGCGGAUGGACGAACAAAGUCGGCAGCUAGAAUUCAUCGUUAGAGAAAAGACGAGAAGCCUGGUGGAAGAACGGGAUAAUGUUGAUGCGCUUUUGGCAGAAAUGCUACCAAAGUCGGUUGUCCAUAAGCUGCGCCUUAAGCAAGAAAUCUUGCCGGAAAAGUUCGACAGCGCAUCUGUACUGUUCAGCGAUAUCCCCGGAUUUUCUCAUUUGUUGUCCACGUAUUCGCCCUGGGAUAUUGUAUCGCUGCUGAACAGCGUGUAUUCGGAGUUCGACAGGAUAUUCGGAUUGUACGACACGUAUAAAGUGGAAACUAUCAAUGAUUCGUAUAUGGUGGCAAGCGGAGUUCCGACACCAAAUGGGACGGACCACGCAGCUGAGCUGUGCUUGUUGUCGUUGCAAUUGUUAACUUCGGCAAGAAGCUGCCUAGCUGCCGAGGAGCUUAGUGCUCGGGUCGGCAUUAAUUCCGGACCGGUUGUCGCUGGAGUGAUCGGCCGAAAAAUGCCUCGAUACUGCCUGUUCGGUGACACUGUUAACACAGCCAGUCGAAUGGAAACUCAUGGCGAAGCUGGCAAGGUUCACGUGAGCCACUCCGUAGAACGCCUCGCUUUCCACAGAGACAAUCUUCGUUUUGUACUACGUGGAACUCUUUCCAUAAAGAGCAAGGGCGAAAUGCAGACGUUUUGGCUGGAGCCAUUGAAAUCUUUACAGUGACCGAACGACAAUCUCACAGCGUACUACUGGAGUUUUCGCAAAUGC